GGUUUAGGCGAUUUUCACUAUAAAAGCUAGCUUACCCAACCACAGAACGUCAGUCAAUUGUUGUACACUGCAAGUGUUCGCAUUUAGUGAAUUGUUCUUGUCUAAGUCAACUUGUUAAGUUAACAAACCCCACAAACCGUCAAAAUGUACAAGCUGUUCGUUUUCACUUGCUUGAUCGCUGCCGCUGUUGCCGCCCCAGCUCCAGGUCUUGUUGUUGCCGCCCCAGCUGUUGUUCAUGCUGCUCCCAUUGCUGUGAGCCACUCAUCCUCUCAUGUUGUGCAUCAUGCCCCCGUUGUGAAGACUGUUGUUGCCCACCAUACCCCGGUCGUUGCCGUCCACCACGCCCCGCUUGUCAAGGCUGUCCCAGUCGUCCACCACGCCCCAGUCGUCCACCACACCCCAGUCGUGCACCACGCUCCUCUGCUGACCAAGACCGUCGUCGCUACCCCAGUAGUCCACUCCGUGCACCCAGUCCCAGUCGUUAAGAGCGUCGUCGCCAGCCCCGUCCUGGUCCAUCACUAAGCGGUAACCCAAACUCCACCUAGGAAUUCUUCGGCGAAGUCUAGCUUUGCCAAAACAGAAAUACAAAAAACAACAAAGACUAGCAACGAAUACUCUCCAACCGUGCAGACCUACGGGACCUGCGAAUAGUUUUGUACAUAGAGGAAACCAGUACUGCAUCGAAUAUGCUUUCUCACAACUUCCAUGAACACAUCGAGUCUAGUGAAACAGUGCGAUAGAUAAUAUCAAUGAAAAAAGCAAUAACUCUAAAUACAUGCAACUUUGUUCAAAAAGUUAAAUAACCUUCUCACAAA